AUUACACAGUACAUUACGAAACUUUCACUUUUCUUUAUUCAAUCGCUCAACAAUCGAAUGAAUGGUUGUGAUUUAGUGUGGCAUUGAGCUCGCGUCAAUUAAUUAAUGAACUUUGUCAGUGCAUCGGAUUUUUGUCAACGAUUAUAGAACGGGCCCCCAGGAAGAAAAACACUGUAACCCAAUUAUAGAAUCGUACGAUAACGACACAAUAAACUGACAGUUUAAUCUGUUUACUAAACUAAUCAGUGUCUCAUUAGCAUGUCCGCGACGAUGGAAACAGCAACGGAGAAGAGCAGUUUGGUGGACGAGACGGUGUUCGUCAUCUCCAACAAUGUGCACAGAAGACAACAGAUUAAAUGGAGGGACGCCUGCAGACAGUUUUUGGCGUGUUGCAUCGCCCACACACUUGUAAUACAAGCGGGCGUCAACAUGGCCUUUAGUGCGGUACUGCUGCCGCAGCUGCACGAACAGAAGAGCGACAUCACCAUCAACAAAAAUGAAGGCUCGUGGAUUGCUAGCAUCGUGACUAUUUCGUUGCCACUGGGGUCGUUGUUGAUUGGACCCCUGAUGGACAAGUUCGGGAGGAAGACCAUGUGUUUGGUGACAACGGUGCCGUUUGUGAUCGCCUGGCUGUUGCACGCAUACGCCUCGACGGUUUGGUACAUUUACACAGCUAGGAUUCUGUCGGGUUUCACCGGAGGCUUGACGACAGUGGCUUUGGUGUACGUGAGUGAAAUCUCCCACCAGAACUACAGGGCCAUGCUCUUGAGCCUCAACAGCGUCUUCGUCUCCUUCGGCAUCUUGCUAACGUGCGUGCUAGGUCUGUUUUUCCAAUGGAGGACAAUGUCCGGCAUUUUCUGUUGCGUGGUGGUAUUAAGCAUGGUGGGGCUGUGGUUCGUGCCCGAAAGUCCUCACUGGUUGAUCGUCUUCAAGAACGACCCCAACGCCGCCGCCAAAUCACUUCGUUGGUUGUACGUCGACGAUUUGAUUUUUGAGCAGCAGUACCAGAAGAUCUUGGAGUCCAAGACUGUUUUAGGGGGUGUUAGUGAGAGUUCUGCGUUGUUGAAUAUCAGACAGAACUUGUACGUUUUCAAAAAUCCGGUGGUUUACAAGCCUCUGCUGAUACUUCUGAUUGUUUUCUUUUUCCAACAAUUGUCUGGUGCCUACGUGAUCAUUUUCUAUGCCGUGGACUUGUUCAGGGAGAUCGGGGGACAGUUCGGGAAGGGAAUAAACGAAUUCGUCGCCUUGGUGCUAUUAGGUACCAUACGUUUUUUGAUGUCGAUAAUCUCAGCCGUGAUCUCAAAGAAAAUAGGGAGACGACCCCUCUUGUUCACCUCAUGUUUGGGCAUGGGUUUGUGCAGCUUCGUAGCAGGCCUGUACAUGUACUGGAGCAGCUUACCGCAGUCCGAAUUGGACAAGCUGCGCAUACAAAAAGAUCCGAAAAACGACAACGUACCCCUCUUUUGUGUCCUGGGGUACGUUUGUUUCGGUUCUAUCGGUUAUUUGGUGAUUCCGUGGAGUUUGAUUGGUGAAUUGUUGCCGAUUAAAGUGCGCGGGAAAUUGGGGGGAGUACUGAUCUCUGUCGCGUAUGUUUUUAUGUUUGUUGUUUUGAAAAUGUUCCCCUUUAUUUUGGACGCCGUUAGUAUACAGAAUUUGUUCUACAUUCUGUCGAUUAUUAACGUCGUGGGUUUCAUUGUUUUAUAUUUUAUUUUGCCUGAAACUUUAGGAAAAUCGUUCUCGGACAUUGAAAAAUAUUUUAUGAAGGAUCGAAUAUAAAAUACGCAACUACUUGUACAUAUAUUUAUAAUUAUUAACAAUGAUUAAUUGUUGCAUUUUAUUGACGAUUUAAUUAUUAAAUUAUGGUUGAUUUAUUUCAAUAUACAAAUAUUUUACAAUAAAGAAAAAUAUUAUUUUUAA